GUUCGAGCUGGUUGUAUAUCCUGGUUACGGAACUGCUGUCAGUUGCGGGUCAGGGUAUAGAGUCCGAAUGCUUAUGUUGUGCUUUGCUUGAUCUGUGAUUCCAUAAGAAUGGAUGACAAGACUAAUAUAAGCACGCCAUCUUAUACAGAGAAAAUGACUCUUGGCAUCAGCAAAAUUUUAGAAUCUUCUCCUGGAGUCACUGAAGUUAAAUUUGAGGAAAAACCACCAGCCGAGCGCCACAUGAUCGUUUCGUGGGAGCAGAAAAACUCCUGCACGUUGCCGGAUGAUUUAAAGAACUUUUAUCUGAUGACCGACGGCUUCCAGAUGACUUGGAACGUGAAGAUUGAUGAAAACCCGGUACAGGUGGGUUCCAUGGUAAUCAACAGCAUCUCAAAUCUGAACCGCCUUGGUGGGAGCGCUGCAUUCUCCCUGCCAAAUGCCCCGACGCUGGCUGAUGUGGACAGCGAUACAGAUGAAGAAGUGGAAGGUCGCCCAGAGAAGCCUCACUUUGACUCGCGGAAUGCCAUCUUUGAACUGGAUCCAUGCAAUGGAAAUGGGAAAGUUUGCCUUGUUUACAAGACUCUUAGACCAGGAAUAACGAUGGUGGACCCAAGCAUUUGGUUUUUGGACCGUGCUCUGUACUGGCAUUUUCUGACCAACACUUUUACUUCCUAUUACCGACUCAUGAUCUGUCACCUGGGACUGCCGCAGUGGCAAUACUUCUUCACCCGCUUUGGCCUCAGUCCUCAGGCAAAGCAAUGGUUUAACAUGUAUAAACCUAUCACGUUUAACAACAUAUCUAUGUCAGAAGAAGCAGACUCAUUUGUAAACAAGUUGGACCCAAACAAGCUUUUUAAGAGCAAGAACAAAACACCAGUUACUAAGAAAAAGCUUCCUGCUCCUCCUACUGGCUCCCAAAAAGGAAAUCCAACCUCUGCCAAGACGACGCCACAUCCUGGAAGUGUUGUACGCAAAUGAACAUGAUCCGUGUAACAAUGUUUGAUAGAGACUAUAAUUUAUUGUUACUUAAUACACAUUUCUACCCUUUAUUUUAUUUUAAUGUACUGUGUAUAUAUAUAUUUAUGCAUGUAUAUAGGUUUAUUUAUAUGUAUGUAUGAGCUUAUUAAAUGCAUUGGCCAAAUACAAUAUUAAUUCUACAGCAUACAA